AUGAUAUUGGUACAAAGAUUUUGCACCGUUUUACUUACUAUUUUCGGUAAAAAUCAACGAAUAAAACCAGUGGUACUUUUUAAAGGUAAAGGUAAUAUUGGUGUUAAUGAACGUGAACAGUAUUCAAAAGAUGUACAUGUUAUUUUUACACCAAAAGCUGUGCAUGAUGGUCAUCCUAAAUCCUUUAUUGCCGAUUCAGCGAAUUCUCAUUUAAAACCCGAAAUAAUUCAAAAGUUACGAAAGAAGAAUGUUGUGGUAUCUAUUAUUCCAAAAGGGUGCACACAAUAUCUACAACUUCUUGAUACAGCAGUUUUUUCGGUAUUCAAGAAUCGCUAUCAAGCUGCUGAUGAUGAAUACAUUGAUUGUUAUAGUUCACGUAGCAAAAUUAAAUUAACAGCUAAACAACAAAGAAUUCUAUGUACUCGUUUAAUUUCAACAGCGUGGAUUCGUACUCAGAAAAGAAUCGAUUUUGAACGUGCGUUUCUUGAUAUUGGUUAUACAUGGGUGGAUGAAUCUCCUGUUUCUAUUCGAACUUUAAAAGGAUUUAUUUUUGAUCCAUCAACAGUAACUUCUUCGACAUUCAAUGAUGAUGAAAAUGAAGAAAACGAAGAAUAUAAUGCAAAGAAAACAACGGUCGAAGAAAAAAAAAGAGCUCACAUUUGUUAA